CUGCUGCUGCCGGUUCCUGGAAGCCGGGGCCUUAGGGUUUCUGUUCCUGGGGACACAGGAGCAGCGGUCCCAGGGCUGACACUAUCACUCACAGCAUGGCUUCUAGGCAAGUGAGCCGGGUUCGAGCCCCCUCAUCUACUGCAGAGGAACAGGUAGCUCGAGAGACCGAAGAGGUUUUCCGUAGCUAUGUCUUUUACCGGCACCAUCAAGAGCUGGAAGCUGAAGGAGAGGCUGCCCCUGCAGACCCAGAGAUGGACACCCUGCCCCAAGAGCUCAGCAGCACCACGGAACAGGUGGGCCGACAGCUAGCUGUCAUUGGCGAUGACAUCAGUCGGAGGUAUGACUCAGAAUUCAAGGCCAUGCUGCAGCAUUUGCAGCCCACCCCAGACACCGCCUAUGAGUACUUCACUAAGAUUGCCUCCAGCCUGUUUGAGAGUGGCAUCAACUGGGGCCGAGUGGUUGCACUGCUGGGCUUCGGCUACCGGUUGGCACUACAUGUUUAUCAGCGGGGCCUGACUGGCUUCCUGGGCCGUGUGGCUCGCUUUGUGGCUGACUUCAUGCUCCAACACUGCAUUGCCCGAUGGAUUGCCCAGAAUGGGGGCUGGGUGGCAGCCCUGAACCUCUCUAACAACUCCAUCUGGUACGUGAUGACAAUCUUUGGGAUGGUGCUUUUGGGUCGAUUUGUUAUCCGAAGAUUCUUCCAACCCUGACUCCAGGAGGGGGAGGCCUUUCAUGAAGACACAAGGCCUAAGCGCC